CCGCAGCCGCCCCUGCGCGCAAGUUGGCACAAAAGUUGCUGCCCAUCCCGAGGGGGAGCUGGGGCUUAGGCGGGGCGAUGAUUUUCCCCAAUAGCAGCAGUAACCCGGCGGGCGGCAGCAGGGCUCCCUAUAGGAAACAGGAGUGAAGUUGAAACGUGCAUUGAAAAUCGAAACUUCAGGCUGAAUGUUUUCCUUUCUGAUAAAAUGACAAGAAGGACGAGCGUGCUUUCAAAACAAACAAAAAAGCCCCAUACGCUCCAAAAACGCCUCUGCUGUCGCGGCUGAGCGUCACCCGCCGCCGCCCCCGGCCUCCCCCUAGCAGUGCGAGGGAAACCCUGUGACAUUUUAUGAGCAGACAGGGAGUUUCGAUAAGCUUGGACCAUUCACAUCUAUGGAACUGUUUUGAAACGGACAGUUUAGCAUCUUAAGUUUUGAAAGCAGCUGGAAUGGUUAGACCAACAUCCCCUGCUGCAGUGGGGCUGGGAGAGACUAGGAAAACUGUUUCCUGUUUCUGAUUUUUAGUGUUGGUAUCGUCACACUAUUAUUUACUACAAAACAGACCCGUUUUCAUUGAACCUUUGACCAGACAAACAAAAAUCACGUGCUUCAGGUUUGUCAGGAAAAGUGAGGAUCCUCGUGUUUGUAUAGAAAAGGUUACAUGGAUUAGAAGUCAGUGGCAAGAUGCCUGAUUGACUGAACAAACAAUCGACUCACUAUCACCCCCCACUGUCAUUUAUUUUCUUGGGGGCUGGGGAGGGGGAAACACAAAUCUCCUUUGUGUUUGUGCCCCCCUCAGCAAUAGAAACAAAUGAAUUUAUAAUAAGGGUGAAGGAGAUAUUAUCACUCUGUAUGGAGUUGGGCUGCAUUAAAGAUAGAAAUAUCAGAUCACAUCACAUUGUAAUGGAGAGUCACUUUCCUACAGGGCUUCAUGGAAUUAUUGAUGUUGUUGGAUUUUUUUAAAAAAAUUCAAAUUCAUAUGUGUUUCUCAGAUAGGUAAGCAUGUGAAUUAUUAGGAUUAUGAUAAUUAACCAGUGCAACUGUGUAGGUUUAUCUUUACUUGGAGUUUAAGUGAGCUUUCACAACUUGCUGCUCUCUUCCCUCAUUUUAAAGAAACAUCCUUAUUGUACAAAUCACUUACGAUGGUAUCUCAACAACUUUCUGCAGAUGACCCAACAUUGUGUCAUUAUCACUGCAUCUUGCAUCUGAAGUGUGUGUAUGUGAUAAAAUAUGAUUAUUGGGUGGUGGUUUUUUUUUUUUUAAAUCCCCAGAUACAACCACAGUGCAGCUCUUGUAUCGUGUAUCUACAUACUUUGUAAGGGAAGCCAAUAUAUUAGACACUAUUUUCUUACAUUACCUGAAAGGAUAGUUAAUUAAGUAAGACACCUUAGGGUCUAGUGUGUUCAUUUGUUUGUUAGUGUGCAAUAGGGUGUUAGCAAGGAAAUAGGGAAGAAAACUCUGAGGGUGAGGCCUUUUUACUAGAAGGUUGUAUAUUUUGUGUAGGGAUCUGAGUUAGACUUCUGGUCUGGAGCAUGCUGAUAAGAUGCUCUUCUUUUCACAGUUCACUCCUUGGAUUCAAAGAGCUAAAAGGCCUGACUGAAUUAGAAAAACAAAUAGACUUUUUUUUUCUUUUUCAGUAGCAGAGGAAGAAAUGAAUGUGUGGGUAUUAUGUAGUCCUAAGACCCCGGGUACCAAAGCUUUCUUUUGUUAGUGUUUAGCCAUUCUCUAUUCAAACAUUUCCUACAUAGGGAGCUGGGUUUUGAGCCUUUUCCCAUUGAAGUGUGUGCAAAACUCCUAUUGACUUCAUUGGGAAUGACUUGGUGAUUUCAUUUUCACUUAGACUUCACCUGCAUGGAUGAAUUAGUGUCACAGGAUACGAGUCUAAUCCUCCAUUUGUUAUAAUGUAGAUUUACUGAUGUACAAUUAAAUCUAAUCCAUUUUCAGAACAUUUGUAUUUGUAUUUUAUUCUAAGAGGCUGGUUUUCUUCUAUGAUAAAAGGGAGUAUUCAGUAUAUGAAACAGAGAAGGAGUUAAAAGAAUUUUAAAAAUGAAAAGUAAAUACUCUGGGAUAGCCUGUGCUGGCUUUUUAAUUGUAAUGUGUUUUUAGUGGUAUCAGAAUGGUGUAAGAUUUUAAUAGAAUCCUGAAUCUUUGAUAAAAUAAUAUGUUUUUUCUAUCAUAAUUUCUGGUUGGUGCCAGAUUGUGGCUGAAAAUUGACUGCAAUCUAUCAGCAAAAGGAAAGAAAAAACCCCUGUCAGUUUUAGUGGGAAGGAAUUGUAAUAUAAUUUUGCCUCAUUGUAAUCUAUGGCAAAAAUCCCAAUGGUUUCAGUGAGGCCAGGAUUUCACUGAUACAAUCUAUUUGUUGCCUAAAAUUAAUGUUCAUUUUAUAAAGGAAUCUGUGAUUACAGUACUAUGCUUGCUAUCUGUGUCUCUCUGUGUAACUCAGGCUUCUAGGAGCCAGUCAGCUACUUCAUUUUCAGGUCAGACAGAGGUGGGUGGUGCCUAAUCUUUUUCUCUUCUGUAGUGGUAGGGUGAGCAGCAAGCUCUGGUCUCUGAAGUCAUCUGUGUUAAAUAGGAUUUGCCUGCAUUGCGGACAGACAAGAGCACAUUAAAAAUGCUCCUACUGAGCUCAUGUCAAAGUUCGAAGCUGCAAAACCGUCCAUUGUACCAUCCCACCCAAUGGCUCCUCCUAGCCCCAGCACCACCAGCAGUAAUAACAACAGCAGUAGCAGCAGCAACUCAGGUUGGGAUCAAUUAAGUAAAACAAACCUUUACAUAAGAGGACUGCCUCCAAACACCACUGACCAGGACCUGGUAAAACUAUGCCAACCAUAUGGAAAAAUUGUAUCCACAAAGGCUAUUUUGGAUAAGACAACAAACAAAUGCAAAGGUUACGGUUUUGUAGAUUUUGACAGCCCAGCAGCUGCUCAGAAGGCUGUUUCCGCUCUGAAGGCUAGCGGAGUCCAAGCACAGAUGGCAAAGCAACAAGAACAAGAUCCAACUAACUUAUAUAUUUCCAAUUUGCCACUGUCAAUGGACGAGCAAGAGCUUGAGAAUAUGCUCAAGCCUUUUGGGCAAGUUAUCUCUACAAGGAUACUUCGUGAUUCCAGUGGCACAAGUCGUGGUGUUGGCUUUGCAAGGAUGGAAUCAACAGAAAAAUGUGAAGCAGUGAUUGCUCAUUUUAAUGGAAAAUUCAUUAAGACACCACCGGGAGUUUCUGCUCCUGCAGAACCUUUGUUGUGCAAAUUUGCUGAUGGAGGACAGAAAAAGAGACAGAAUCAGAACAAAUAUAUACAGAACGGGAGAGCGUGGCAUAGAGAAGGCGAGGUGAGACUUGCUGGAAUGACGCUUACUUAUGAUCCAACUACAGCUGCUUUACAAAAUGGAUUUUAUCCUUCACCAUACAGUAUUGCAACAAACAGGAUGAUCACUCAAACAUCUAUUACGCCGUAUAUUGCUUCUCCAGUUUCUACGUACCAGGUUCAGAGUCCUUCUUGGAUGCAACCUCAACCAUAUAUUAUGCAGCACCCUGGUGCUGUAUUGACUCCCUCCAUGGACCACACCAUGUCACUACAGCCUGCAUCAAUGAUAAACCCUCUGACACAACAGAUGAGUCACCUUUCAUUAGGCAGUACUGGAACAUACAUGCCAGCCACAACAGCUAUGCAAGGAGCUUACAUACCCCAGUAUACACAUGUUCAGACAGCAGCUGUUCCUGUUGAGGAAGCUAGUGGCCAACAGCAGGUUACAGUAGAGACAUCCAGUGACCAUUCUCCAUAUACGUAUCAGCAAAACAAAUAACUGAGAUGUCCAGUGUUGACCUUGCCUGGAGAAGGGUGCAAAGGCUGAAACAAUCAUGGAUUUUACUGAUCAAUUGUGCUUUAGGAAUUAUUGACAGUUUUGCACAGGUUCUUGAAAACAUUAUUUAUAAUGAAAUCAACUAAAACUAUUUUUGCUAUAAGUUCUAUAGGGUGCAUAAAAAAUCCUUAAAUUCAUCUAGUAGCUGUUCCUGUGAACAGGUUUAUUUUAGUAAGAAAAUUUUUAUCAAGUAUUAUGAUGCAAUUUUUUUUUUUUCAAAUUUCUGGGUAUGCACAAAUGACCACGAAGACUUAUUCACGUGCAUGGCAGAAUUUGUAUUUUGGUUUGUUUUUGUUUUGUUUUUGGUUUUUUGUUUUUGUUUGUUUUUGUUUUGUUUUUUUAUUGUAUGAAAUGGGUUUUCUGAAGUUUAAAAUAGUAAAACAUCUAAAAUGAUGAUCUGUGCUUGCAGUGUGUGUGUGUUGCUACAGUGCAGUGUUGCAGUUAGUGUCUGUUCUCUUAGCUUUCUGUUUUUCUUUUAACGUAGUGUGAAGUGUCUUAUCCUUUUCUAUAAAUUCCAAUUUGCCUUAAAUCUUUCAUGCUGUAGCUGUUUCAGUAAGUAGUCCAAACUAAUGGUGUAGAAUGCUUUGACCAAAUGAGCUGGUCUAUUAUGCCUUGUAAAACAGCAGCAUAGGGCUUUUAAAAGGUAGUCAAUAAAAAUUGCUGAAAAUUUGGCUUUUUUAAUGUGUAGUAGGUGUUUUUAAUGAUUUUUCACAUAAUAAGUAAGGUAGUGAAAUGCAAGAGGGGAAAAAUGUUUUGUGUGAAACACAUUUUCUGACUGGGGGAAUUUUAAUAGGAUAAAUUGUUUGUAAGGCCAUAUGCCAAUAGUUUCCUCUGAUAGUUUGAAUGAUUUAGGAACUCUGCUGUAAGAUGCAAUGUAAAAUCUUUUUUUGCCUUUUUUCAGAAACUAACUUGAUGUUCUAGUUUUAGUGUAGGUAGAGUGGGGAGUUUGGGGUGGGAAUAUCACAGAACGUUUUUGUCCUUCCUUUAUACUAAUGAUAGUGCUUUAGAAUGAUGAUUGUGCUGAGACCUAGCAAACAGAAAAUUUGCUGUUACAGCAAAAUGGCAAAAGCUAAGGACUUGUUUGCAAACAUAAGCUGAGAUGUAAGUAGAUGCAUAAUUGAUUGGGUACUAGCUCUCUAUAGGAGGUAAAUAAAAAUAAAAAGACUUGGCACUUUUAAAGGUAACUUUACCAAAGAACAAAGAGCCAGUAACCAAUAAUUCUGAUUUAUCUCAGCGUUACGUCUUCUGUACUCUUUAUUUUUGCCGGACCAGUUUGCGGUUAGGAGAAUGUGCCUUUUUUGUACAUUUGCAUUUAGGUUUUAUAAUUUUAAUGGAUGUAUGGACACAAAAAGCAUGAAGGAAGACUUGGAUCCAAGCAGUGCCACGCUUUACAUCAUCACUACAAGUGUUAAGUGUAAAGAAAACCAAUUUUGAAACUAUGAAAUUCCUGAUUAAUAAAUACACAGUUAUUUGUAUUUUUACGUAUUAGAUAAUUCACUGCUAUUAAAGCUCUUUUAUUACAAUGGCAUAUGUUUUAAAUCAAAUGAUAAAUUAAGUUGUCUUCCAAAACUGUGUACUUGUCUGGUCAGCUGUAUAUGAUCAGUUAUCUACCUCAAAGUUUUUCUUUUUGUAUUGGGACAGGUUGCUGGCCCUCCCUGUUUCCACAGACCAAAUCAUCCUAGCUCAGGAGCUAGGGCUAAGCAGUUACUUCAUUCAAGUAUUUUUUUAGUUUUUAAAUUGUGUAAGUAUUGGAGUAUAGAUGUCAGUGACAUUUCAUAGUUUCAAAAAUAAAUUGCUGCUCUGAGAAGUGUAGAUUCUAGUGAGUUACAUAGUCAUAAGAGAUAUUUGUUUUUUCUUUAAAAAAAAAAAAAAAGUUGUGGUAUUAUUGGUUCUAUGAUCCCUGGAAUAUUACUGCUUUGUAAAAGUCCAGACUUCCUGCAGCACCUUCCCUGUAUCUGGUAUAUUGCCAUUCUUGGAUCUCUCACUACUCGAUAUUUUUUGCAUUCGUUAAAAUUGCAAUAUAAUAGCUGUAUAAGAGGGAGGGAAGAGCUGCUGCUAGAAACGUCUGAACUAAGUGCCAUACUCAUUGUCCGGGUAAGAUUUGGGAAAUUUAACCUCUGUACAUAAAGAAAUAAUCAGUUACUUAAACAUCACAUAGUAGACAGCCAUUAAAUUAUAAAAAAAAUUAAUUUAUGAAGAAAGACCUUUUGUACAGAUUGAAAAAAAAAAAGAUUUUCAUAGAGAUAUCUAUAUGAUCAAGAGAGUUAAUUUUUUAUUUUUGUUUUUCUAGUGCCACAAACUUGCCAGUGGUAACUUAUUUGUCCGGUUCAAGAUAACUCUGUAGUUUUGUUUCCUAGGACUUGUUAAACGCCAAAAGACAUUUUUGAACUGUACAUUUGAUUAGAUUGUUAGCUUUUUCUGUUUUAUUUCUUUUGAAAACUUUUGAAUAAAAAAGAUUGAAAAAAUGAAAA